UCCCUUCCUGAGGAGAUCAUCUCACAGCUCAGUGCAGUGGAGGCUCGGAGAGUUUAGCAGGUGGAUUGAGGGUCUGUGAGUUUUAUCUACAGUAGCUGUUAGGACUUCUUCUAAGUGAAGCCUGAGGGCGAGGCGAGGCCUUGGGGCAGAGGAGAGGCCCCAUCAGGACAGAUAUUUUACAUUCUUUUCCUUUUGACUUAAUUCUGCUUUUUCAGACAAGUCAAGGGAAUCAUGCAGAUAACUUCCAUCUUCUCUUCCCUAAAUUCCUCAGUGGUAAACAUUUGCUCCAGUUGCUUUAUCAUCCCCUCUUCCACUCACAUCCCGACCCUGGGUGUGUGUGUUAAAUAUAAGUAGGUAUGUGUAUCAUUCUUUUUCUGAGCCCUUUGAGAGUGGGCUGCAGACGUGCUGCCCCUCACCCCUAAGCGCUCCAGUGAGUCUUCUGAGAACCAAGACAGCCCCUUAUGUGACUGGUAGAUUCUCAGCAUCCUUCCUAUCCGCUCACCUACAGACCUUAUUCCAACUGUCGCCACGGGGUCCUCUGUGGGUCACUGCGUCGUCCUGCUGACCUCGGUCCCUGCGCUCUGGAAGCGUCUCUAUGUCCCCCGGGUCCUCUGGCCACUGUGGGCCUGUCAGCUGCGUUCCCAGACUGGGCUCCGGUGGUGCAGUUUCCACAGGACCCACGGAGGGGGGCUGUGUUCUCCCUGUCCUGGUGGAUCCGUUCGACCACUUGGAGAAGCUGAGGUUGGCCGGGCUUCUCCAAAGUGAAAUCAAGCAUUUCCCCUUGUAGUUGUCUUGAGGGGAGACUUUGGGACUCUGAGGGUAGAGCGUACUCCUCACACCUCACCCUCGAGCUGGAUUCACAGGAUGUGGGGCAGAUGCAGGCUGUUUGCCCCCCAGCACCACGCAGGCGGCAGGGUGUGCUAGUAUGUUUAUACACAACUCCAGCUUGCGGGGGCAGGAGACCACAGCCCAGAGAGUGAGGCAGCCUAGCUUGGGUUGCCCAGAAGGGAGUGACGGAGCUGGAAUUGGAGCCCCGGCUGCCUGACUUCCCAAAUCAUGAAUGCGCGGCUAGAACCGGCACCUGGAGGCGUGAAAUGGAAGGACAGCCGUGGUGGGCAUCCCACUCUUCUGGCCUGGCUGGAUGGCAAUAGUUCUGUGAUCAGUUGGUGACCCAGCAGGGUAGGAACCCAACCAUCCACCCCUAUCCUUUCUCCCUCCCUUCUUUCCUUCUUUCGUUCUAUCCAUCCAUCACCCAUCACCCAGCAUCCAUCCAUCAUCUAUCUAUCCAUCCACUCAUGCUUCCUUCCUUAUUUGCUGACCAUAUAUUGUAUUAGACCUGUUGUAAACAAGACUGGCACAGAGCCUGUCCUUGCAUCACUCAUAGGCUAGUGGGAAUAGACAGGCAAUGCGGAAGUGUGUGGGAUACAACACCAGGGUGGGGUGAGUGCUUGGAAGAGAACAGAGGAAGAGGAAGAGGAAGAGGUCUCUGAGGAGAAGACUUUUGGGCCGAGACCAGUGAGACAGCCAGACAUCGGAAUGUCUGGGGGAAAUGCACUCCAGGCUUCCAGAACAGUACAUGCAAAGGCCCUGAGGUGGGAACAAGGGCAGUGCCCUGGAGGAGCGGCAGGGAGACCCAAGUGCUGGAGUGGGUGAGGGCGAGUGUGAAGGAAGCAGGGUCAGCUGAUGCGUGUCUCGUGGCUCAUGAGGAGUUUAGAUGUUUAAAGCACGAUGGGGAAUCCCAGGAAGAUUUUGAGCUGAUUCACAUUAGAGCACUUUUUUAUCCUUUUAAUUCAUGAUUGGUUUUAGAACAGUUUUUAUAGCAGCUUUAUUGAGAUGUCAUUCACAUACUGUACAAUUUGCCCAUUUAAAGGAUACAAUUCAGAGAAUUUCAGCGCAUUCAGAGCUGUGCAACCAACCCCAUAGUCUAAUUCCAGAACAUUCCAUCCAGGGCUGCAGAGCUGGAGUUGCAGGGUCAUGGCAGGGGUGGGGCACCCAGCCCUAACCUGGCUUUUUCUCUCCCCAUCCCCAGGAGGCAACACGUUUGAGACCCACAUCAUUGGGGGUCGAGAGGCUGCCCGCAACUCACACCCAUACAUGGUUUCGCUGCAGAAAUCCGGCUCCCACCUGUGUGGGGGGGUCCUCGUGAACCGGCAGUGGGUGUUGACAGCUGCCCACUGCCUGAUCCAUCCGACACAGCUGCUGAGGCUGGUGCUGGGGCUCCACGUGCUCGGAGACCCUGCCCUUACCUGCCACAUCAGGGAGGUGGUCCUGCACCCCGAAUACAAGCCAGCCCCCCAUCUGAAGAAUGACCUCGCGCUGCUUAAGCUGGAUGGGAAGGUGAAACGCAGCAAGACCAUCCGGCCCCUGGCCUUGCCGCGAGGACGCCAGGCAGUGGCCGCAGGAGCGCGGUGCAGCAUGGCCGGCUGGGGUGUGACCCACCAGAGUGGGCAACUGGCCAGGGCACUGCAGGAGCUGGAUAUGCACGUGCUGGACGCCAGGAUGUGCAACAACAGUCGGUUUUGGCAGGGUGACAUCAGCCCCCGCAUGAUCUGCCUGGCAGCCUACUCCAAGAACCAGGCCCCCUGCAAGGGGGACUCGGGAGGACCCGUGAUAUGCAGCAGAGGCCAAGUGGCUGGAAUCCUGUCCUUCAGCUCUAAGAACUGCACCGACAUCUUCAAACCCCCCGUGGCCACCGCCGUGGCCCCCUAUAAGUCCUGGAUCGAGAAGGUCAUCGGCCACUAGCGGCCCGCUUCCCUAACCCGACCCUCCAGAGGUGGCCCGACUCCCCUUCUGUGCGCCAGCAGGAUUGCAGGGAGGGGCGGC